AUUUAUUUUUAAGAUUUAUAUAACAAAAUUCUCUUUCCACAGUUCAAAGUAAACAGACACCUUCUUCCUUCGUCUAUGUCUAGGUGUUGUGGAUAAGCUUCAAUCUUCAUGUGCCGCUCCACCAUUCUUCUCCUUUUCCCAUUUAUGUUAUAUAUCAUUUAACAACUCAAGAUAAAUAUAAUACCCCUCCUUAAUUAAUGUACAUGCCAUCUCGACAAAAUAAAAUAAAUUCCAUUCUUUCAUUAUUUAAAAAUCAUAUUUCAAACCACCGAGACUUUCAAAUCCCUCGUUCUUCAUGCCCCCCAAUAUUCAGUCCACACGUCUUUAUGCUCCUUUCCUUCUUCUUUCACAAUCCACAACUUCCAUAUAAAUACCCUUCUCCCUUCACUCGCCCAUUUCAAUUCCACGAAACAACAAUUCUAUCCUCUCAUUCAGAGCAAAGAAAAAACAUUCUAUUUUUCUCCGAACAAUAUGGUCGAUUUACAUUGGAAAUCAAAGAUGCCAACUUCUGAAUUGUCUCCCAAAACUCCCAAACUCUCUCUCUCCGACAAGCCCUCACCCCGCGGCUCCCUACCCUCUUUGCAACUACCCUUCCGCGCCACCGAAAUCUCCGCUGCGGCGCCUCCGCUUUGCGCCGCUUACGACCACUAUCUCCGCCUCCCUGAGCUCAGAAAGCUUUGGAACUCAAGGGACUUCCCCAACUGGGCCAACGAACCAAUCGUAAAACCCGCUUUGCAAGCCUUGGAAAUCACGUUCCGCUUUCUCUCUACCGUUUUCUCCGACCUUAGACCCUACUCGAACCGCAGAGAGUGGAACCGCAGGGUAGAGUCCCUCGCCACGCGUCAGAUCGAGAUCAUCGCCAUGCUCUGCGAGGACGAGGAACACAAUCCCUCCACACGUGGCACCUCACCAACCGCUGAUCUCAGCAUCAGCCACUGCAAGAGCAGAAGCUACAGCGAGGCGAGCAUGCUCCCGCGGCUUGCCACGUGGUACAAAUCCAAGGACGUAGCGCAGAGGAUUCUCCACUCCGUGGAGUGCCAAAUGAUGAGGUGUCCCUACACGUUAGGUUUGGGAGAACCGAACCUAUCAGGGAAACCGAGCCUUCGAUACGACGCCGUGUGCAGGCCGAACGAGGUUCACGCACUGCAAACGACGCCGUACGACGACCGCGUGGAGAACUACGAGAACCACGCGGUUCAUGCGACGCACCAGAUCGUGGAGGCGUGGAUCCACGCGUCGCGGAAGCUUCUGGAAAGGAUCUCGGACGCGAUCGAGGGGAGAAGGUUCGAGAAGGCUGCUGAGGAUUGCUACGCGGUGGAGCGGAUCUGGAAGCUUCUAGCGGAGGUGGAAGACGUUCACCUGAUGAUGGAUCCAGGCGAUUUCUUGCGGCUGAAAAACCAGCUGUCGGUGAAGUCGUCGAGCGGCGAAACGGCGUCGUUUUGCUUCCGGUCGAAGGAACUUGUGGAAGUGACGAAGAUGUGCAGGGACCUGAGGCACAGUGUGCCGGAGAUAUUGGAGGUGGAGGUGGACCCCAAGGGUGGGCCUAGGAUUCAAGAGGCGGCGAUGAAGCUGUACGUGGCGGAGAAGAAGAGUGAGUUCGAGAAGGUUCACUUGCUUCAAGCGAUGCAGGGCAUUGAAGCGGCGAUGAAGAGGUUCUUCUACGGGUACAAGCAAGUGUUGGCGGUGGUUAUGGGGAGUUCCGAGGCUAACGGUAACCGAGUUGGGUUGAGUUGCGACGCGGGUGACUCGUUGACUCAAAUAUUCCUUGAACCUACCUAUUUUCCAAGCUUGGAUGCCGCUAAGACCUUCCUUGGCUACUUAUGGGAUAAUAGCGAUAUUAAAUGGGUAUGAUAUGAAAGAAAUCAACGAUCGUGAAAGUUUCAAUUUGGACAAUUUAAUUCGGUUUAGAUUGAUAGUGAUACACUUUCAAAAUGAGUGAAAAAGAAAAUAUGUAAUUUAUAAAUUCUUUUUUCGUUUUUAAGAAAAGUGGAUUAAAUUUUGUAAUGAUUGUUGAUCGUAAAAUAUUAAACUAUUUUUUUAAUACAUGCUUCCAAUUUUUCAUUAUUCUGGAAAAAAAUUUCCACUGCAUUGCA